GGCGGUGCUUGAACUUAGGGCUGCUUGUGGCUGGGCACUCGCGCAGAGGCCGGCCCGACGAGCCAUGGUUGCUGGGAGCGACGCGGGGCGGGCCCUGGGGGUCCUCGGCGUGGUCUGCCUGCUGCACUGCUUUGGUUUCAUCAGCUGUUUUUCCCAACAGAUAUAUGGCGUUGUGUAUGGGAGUGUAACUUUCCAUGUACCAAGCAAUGUGCCUUUAAAAGAGGUCCUAUGGAAAAAACAAAAGGAUAAAGUUGCAGAACUGGAAAAUUCUGAAUUUAGAGCUUUCUCAUCUUUUAAAAAUAGGGUUUAUUUAGACAGUGUGUCAGGUAGCCUCACUAUCUACAACUUAACAUCAUCAGAUGAAGAUGAGUAUGAAAUGGAAUCGCCAAAUAUUACUGAAACCGUGAAGUUCUUUCUUUAUGUGCUUGAGUCUCUUCCGUCUCCUACACUAACUUGUGCAUUGACUAAUGGAAGCAUUGAAGUCCAAUGCAUGAUACCGGAGCAUUACAACAGCCAUCGAGGACUUAUAAUGUACUCAUGGGAUUGUCCUAUGGAGCAAUGUAAACGUAACUCAACCAAUAUAUAUUUUAAGAUGGAAAAUGAUCUUUCACAAAAAAUACAGUGUACUGUUAGCAAUCCAUUAUUUAAUACAACAUCAUCAAUCAUUUUGGCAACCUGUAUCCCAAGCAGCGGUCAUUCAAGACACAGAUAUGCACUUAUACCCGUACCAUUAGCAGUAAUUACAACAUGUAUUGUGCUGUAUAUGAAUGAGUCUCGCUAUGUUGCUCAGGCUGGUCUUGAACUCCUGGACUCAAGUGAUCUGACCGCCUCAGCCUCCCAAAGUGCUGGAAUUACCACUGAGCAUUUACUAUGUUCCAGGCACUGUGCUAAGUGCAUGCCUGCUGCGUCUCACCCUUCAGUAGGAGUAGGCCCUGUGCUAAGUGCAUUGCCUGCUGCGUCUCACCCUUCAGUAGGAGUAGGGUGGUCAGGACAAGAGGAAGCAAGGGAUGCAGCUAUUUGGGGAAGAGUGUUUCCAGCAGAAGGAAGAAGACCUGCCCAGGUGUCGGAUAAGAGCCUGCUUGGUGCAUUCAGGGAUACGAAGGAGGCCAGCGUGGCUGAGAUGAGUUACCUCCAACUCCCGCCAGACCCAAUUCAGAGCUGCCAUCAGGUCAGACCUUUGCCUGCUCUUGGCAACACGUCCCCGUGUCCUGCUCCUCUGCAACCUGCCCCUCUUUUUCUUCAUGUGCUGUGAAGGCAUCAUGUGGAUGGGUGUUCAACUUCUGGAUUGGGGAUGCACAGAGCCUGAGGGACACACUUUGCAAACCUGCACCUUGCACUUUUGGGUUCUGGCCUGCAAGGUCUCCUUUAUGCUUUUGGACCAAGGCUGUCCGUGGGAGAGGGCAGCCGCCGGCCUGUCAGAGCAAAUCAGCCUCAGGCGGUUUCUGCGGCUCUGGUAUUUGAGCUUUGUUUUCCCUCUCUCCCGGGAAGAACUCAUUGAAAUAGUUUCUCUGGGAAAGACAAAGCGUCUCGCCCAGAUGCUGAAGGAUCACUUGGUAACUGCCUGUCUUGGUUUCCCGUUGUGCCCAUGAAGGCGCCAUCAGCUCUAAAGCUGACCUGUGGUUCCGUCUCCAAACAGCUAACCCAGACGUCACCCCCUUGCAGCCAGCCGCACAGCCUGAGUUGGAGUUCUGGCCUCUCCUAGCAGUGAGUGACAGUGUUGGAGGGGCCUUGGACACCUUGCAUAAUUGCUAACUAAAUAUGAGCAGUAGGGGAAGGUCUUCUGGUCCACGGCAGAGCCAACGGGGCACUUCCUCUUCUCUUUUCUAGUCAGGGUAGAAAGCUAGAAAGAAUCCUAAAAAUCACUAUCCAAGUCCCCAUUGUGUGGGGACAGAGGCCUGGCCUGAAGCAUAGGCUGGAGGGUUCAGUCGGAAGCAGAAGCCGGGAGACUGCAUGAGAGGGUUCCUUCCAGCUUCACCAAGCCCGUGCUGCGCGGGAUGAAGAAAGUCAAGCCUGUCUUCCAGUGGGGCCCUGAGGUGGGGGAGCUGGAGGAUAGGGUGGCAGCUUUUUAUCAGCUGUCCCCAAAAGAGGCCCUUCUCCCAGUCGCCACGGACCAAAGCUCCUCCUGGGGGCUCCAGCCUGUCUGUUCAAUGUUUGCCUUGCGCCUUUUCCUGGUGAGGCCACCCCCGGCACCAUCUCAGGCCUCAGAAGGACCACCUCACUGAAACAGCCCUUAGGUUGGGAAAGAAGCAAGCCCUCGGCACCCCGUCCAAGUCUCUCAACUGGGCACGAGCACACACAGACGCCCAGACCCUGUCCCUGCGCCAGAAUGGCCGCUUGCGUUUCCAGGCAUGAUGCCCCUUUCCGUGAGUGCACAGAGCCCUGGGCUGAGCUGGGGGCCGAGCUCCACGCUCUCUGAGCAGCUCUGAGCGGCACGCCAAAGAAGGUCUUUCAGAUGGGCUCUGGGAUGUGGAACCAUGGCGUCCAGCCCUAGCGUCGACUCCACACUAGAGGCACCCUGACUUCCACCCCCUUCUUACCUGAGUAUCAGCUUACUUCCAUCUGGGGACUGAAUAUGGGGCAGAUUCCAGAAAAAGGAGGUUGGGGCACCAAAGCCAACACCAACUCUGCCAACGGAGCCAGCACAGCUAUUUGUCUUCAACCACAGGCCGCAAGGGAAGUUCACGGGCUCGGCACCCCCAGGCCCCGGAUGUAAGGAUAUUGCCCGUUAGACAAAGGAAAGGCCCCAAGUCCACAACUCAUGUUUGUGAGCUUAACCUUGUCCUAUAAAGCACUUUGGAACAGGCCCAGGUUCUCCCACCAUGUACAGCUGCCAUUGACCUGGACAGUCCCGCAAGGUCCUUCAGUGGAAACCCAGAAGGGAGAGUCACUGCAUGUGAACCCUAAAGGUUCUGGAGGUCAAAGUUGCUGUGGGUGACAGGCAACCAAGACUAAGGGCAAACUUGAAACAUAAAUGAGUUAAAACCCACAAAAAUAAGACAGUUUUAAAUAACUAAA